AUGAACUGUAGUCGGGUACUGAAACCCUCUCAGAAGGCACAGGCGGCUUCGACUAUCGAGGUUCGUCGGUCCAAAGACAGGGAGGCCGGCGCUGAGGUUCUCGCCUCUGUCCCCCAAUGCGGGUCAUCCCCUCGUUCUAUGGUGGGCUCUUGGCCACCAGAAUCUCUAUGCAGAACCCGAGAGCUCGAGAGCAUCGAUUCAGACGUAGAAGACUAUGAGCCUGACCAUAUCGCGGGCACAGUUCUUCCCGACGAUGGCAAGUUACGGGAUCAUGCUACCGCUAGCAUUGCCUCCCAGAUAAUAUCACCAGGGUCGGCUCGGCCUUUACCACAGGCCCCUCGACCAAGAGAAUUUAUCAAAGUAGACUUGCCCUUUAUACAACCCUUCUGGUCACAAAGAGCAUCUAGACAUGAGCAGUACCUGCAACAAUGCGGGGCAUUUCUGUCGCCACCACCAAAACUUCGCAAUGCUCUCCUCGAGAGUUAUGUUGAGUACAUUCACCCUUUACUCCCUCUCGUUGACAUCCACGAAAUCUUGGAAGCCGUGGCCCUGAAUGGCUCUGGGCGAAAGAUAAGUCUCCUUUUAUUCCAGGCAAUCCUACUGGCUUCUUCGGCAUUUGUCAAGGACGAGGAGAUCUCAGCUGCCGGAUACAGAAAUCGAUAUUAUCUUCGAGAAGAACUCGGAGAGCGCGUGCGGAUGUUAUAUGACUUUGACUGCGAGACAGAUCGACUAUGUCUUGUCCAAGUUCUCAUAUUAAUGACGUAUUGGCAGCAAAAGCCCUCGGAUGCUAAACACCUAUGGCAUUGGGUCGGUAUUGCGCAUACCUUGGCCAUUCGGAUCGGCCUCGAGCGAAACUCAGAAGGAUCUGGCAUGCCGAAAGACAAGAUGAGGUUAUGGAAACGAGUCUGGUGGUCCUGCUAUAUCCGUGAUCGUACACUAGCUCUCGGUCUUAGACAGUCACCACGGACCUUUGUCGAAAGUAAGGACAAUCCAGACUUGGAAGUCGACGAUUUCGAGAUCCGGCAACCCAUACCGGCCGUUGUCGAGACUUUCAGCAACUGUACUGCGCUAGUGGACCUGGAACACCAGAAAUGGUGGGCCCGGCUUUGCAUCUGGCAGUUGAAGCUGUGUCACAUUCUGCCUGAAAUCUUCGUGGCCAGAUACUCAACGCUUGUGCCCAAAUUGACCCGAAGCCAAGAGGUCAGCGGAGUUACAGUACCAGAGCCUCCCGGAUUCGAACCUGACAAGAUCCAGGAAUGUGGCAGAAAACUAGAUUUGUGGUUCAGUGAAAUCCCAAGGGAGACUGUGUACAAAUCCCCGGGGUCAUUCUAUUUUACGACCGGACGAGAUCUGCUGGUCCUCCACUGCUCGAUGGUCAACAUGUUCUACCACGCCUUGGUCUGUGCAUUGCACCGACCAAAUUCGGCAUCCUUGCGACGAGGAAUCUCUGCUGAUGAAGUUCUCUCACAACGCAAGGCUCGCCACGCCGCGACCACCAUCACAUCAAUCCUGGGAGAUUUGCAGAUCUCAGAGAUGACUGUUCGCAUGCCUUCCUGGGGCAUGACGGCACUGCUGCAAUCUGCCAUGACUCACCUUUGCGAUUGCCAGGCGGACAACCGCUUCCUUCGUUCCCAGAGCCGGCAGCAGUUCGAGGCGAGUUUUGGGUUUUUGGACGAAAUACAGCAUGUACACGCCUAUGGAGCGUUUGCGAUCAAAUACCUCGAAUCCGCUGCCCGGAAAGUCUAUCUUGGACCUGGAGUCUUGAGUUCAACGCCCCCCUUUCACAACCGGAGCGUUGCUGAGAACUGGUCCACCAUCAAUGACUCAUCUGGUGCUGAUGCGGCUUCCGCUGCCGUUCCUGGUUUAUUUGAUCCCAUGUGCGAACCGCCUCUUCCUCCUCAACCGGCCUUGAUAUCGGCAACCGUACCUCAAGCCAGUCAGCUUGAUCCCUCAGAUUUGAGUGCUCUCAGGCAAAAUAUCUGGCUGGAAGAUUCUGCUAUGUAUGAAGCUCUGGACUUCGACAUCGAUUUGAACUUUCCAUCGGACCCUGAGGAAACAAACUUCUUGGAUCGAUGGAAUUAG